AAUUCUUGGUUUAGAACCUGUGCGUUCAUGUUGUUUCAAUGUCAGUGAAAAAAACGUGAAUAUUGUAUAUAAUGAAUAUUAUAAGGUCGUCGGUUUACCGGUUUCGUGGAUUGAUAUGUUCCACAAGCAGGAUUUUUGCACUACAGCUUCCAGGAUCCAGUGGCGCCCAGCCGCGAUCACUGAGUGGUUGGGUUCUGUCCCGGGCCAGUGUACCUCCCCUGACUUCUCGGUGUGGUCCUCUCACAUCACAGCAGAGGGGGCAGGAGUGUUCCAGCAACUCCCCUGGCACCACCAGCAGGUUCGCACAGGGAAGCGGGGCACAGAGUACCAGCCCAAGAAUAUAAAGCGGAAGCGGACCCACGGCUGGAUCAAGAGGAUCAGCACGCAGGGUGGCAUCGAGGUGAUUCUCCGUAGGAUGCUAAAAGGACGGAAAUCCCUCUCACACUAAGCACCCAAUGGACUAUUUAGCCAGUAAACUUAUCAAAGUUGUGGUGCAAAGGUGCCCAGGUUUUACUACCAAGUGGAAGAUGCCAAAAAAAUAGGCACGAAACGUGGCGAUGCCUUCCAAUUAUGUAGGCAACUCCAUGCACAUUUACAUUAAAACAUUCCCUUUACAAGUAAGAAUGUUGAAUAAACUUCAUUUGAUCUUA